CCCGGGGCCGGGUAUCGACGCGGAGUUCAACAACGAAGUUCUCCCCGUUAAUUCGCAGCGUUUUUCACCAUGCGGCUGAGGCCGCCCGUCCUCCCCGCAGAGCGCCCCCCAGAGGCCGGGAGGACGCCGCGCUGCGCUGCGCAUGCCCGGAGGACCCUGCCCGCUGUUGCAGUUUACAACACAGAGGUGGUAUCCCUCAGUUUGCACAAGUCCUUGCGGAAGGUAUUAUAAGAAGCUGCGAUCCAUACACUGCAUCCUAUCCGAAUUUGCAUGAGCCUCGGAGAUGGCCAAGAGGAAAGUGUCAACUCAGUCUCCAGCCCAGAAUCACAGAAAAAGAGUGAAAGGGGAGUGCAGAACUCAACGGGCCGAAGGGUGUUCAGCGAAGAGUGCAAAAUCUGCAAAUCACCAGCAUCCUGGUGACGAUAGUCAGGACUUCGAGCCGGAAAAGCCUCAGUUGAAGCCAAAGGUCUGUGGGAAGGGAGCACAGCACAAGAAGACGGCGAAGAGAAAAUCAUCAGAGGGCGGAGGGAAGAGAGGAACUUCUGUGGUGAAGGAGGGAGCGGGGGACAGAGCAGGAGGCAGAGGAACUGUGGCAAGUUUGACAGGCCAUGAGAAGGAGACAGAGAAUACAACGGAGGAAAGCGAAGAAGAGUGGCAGGAGGUGGAAGAGCUGCUCGAGGAUCCAGAAGAACCUCCGCCACUUCCAGAACCCUCCCUCCCGGAGCAACCACUGGAGAUUGAGAUUGAAACUCCACUGCGUGCCAAGGAGAGGAAGAGCAGAGAGAAGAUGGAGGCUGAGUUUGAGUCCUACCUGCGCCGAGCGAUAAACCGUUUCAGCCGGCAACUCCGUGUGGACAUCCACAAGACGCACCUCCUCUGCCUGCUGGCUAACGGAAUGUUCCGGAGCAGGACCUGCAACCAGCCAGAGCUGCGGGCGGUGGCUUUGUCCUUGUUGCCCACGGAGAUUGCUGGUGUUGUGGCCGGGCAAGUGGACCUCCCGUACCUCAACAAGGUGCUGGCGUGGUUUGAGUCGGCGUUUGUGUUGGACCUGUCUCUGCCUCGGGGUGACUCGGAGCAGCUGAGUGAGCGGCUGCAGCGUGGUCUUGCCCGCCGUUCCGCGGGGACGGCAGAGGAGCUGGUUCACCUGUUCCUGAUCACGGUGUGUGCGCUGGCCCUCUCUGCCCGCCUGGUCGUCUCGCUGCAACCCAUCCCACUCAAGGAGAGCACCAAGGCGAAGACCCCAAGAAGACGAAGAUCUGAAGUCAAGGACACUCCCACCUCGACGCCCCGGGCUAAACCUGGAGCAGCUGCCGGAAAAGCAGGCGGCAAGCGUGAGGGCGAGAGGGAAGCGGGGGAGAAGACAGAGAGACGGGAGGGGUCUAGAAGGGCCAGAGCCUCGGCCGCGGUUCACGGAGGGAGAGGUCGGAAGGUCGAGUGUACAGAAGCCUCGGGCGAGUCGGGAUUCGAGGAAGAUGAGCGGCGAAGAAACCCGGCGAAUGCGAGGGCGAAGAACCAGCGGCAGAGACGGGUUGCCUCGAAGAUCUCGUACAGGGAGGCGACCGAUGAAAGCGACUCGGAGAGUGAGAAUUCCAGCAGUUACUCGGCAGGGGGCGAGGGAAGCGUGUCACGAGGCCGGGAAGAGCGCGGUGUGUCGGGAAGGAGCUCGGAGAUGAGUGAGGAUGAAGACUUCGAGAGGAACCCGGUGAAGAACAAGGCCAAGGGGAGAUCUUCGGGCCGGCAGAAGCCCAGCGACGGAGUCGUGGGGCCAGCGGUUGAGGUGCCAGCGCGCGCCACUCCUUCGGAUCAGUGGGUGGAGGUCUUCCUGGAGGUGGAGAAGAGGUGGGUGGCGGUGGACUGUGUACACAGCGCCGUGGACCGGCUGGAGCUCUGCGUCCGGCACGCCACCAAGCCGCUCCGCUACAUCGUGGGCUUCGACGGGCAGGGCUGCGUCCGGGACGUGACCCAGAGGUACGACACUGCGUGGAUGACGGCCACAAGGAAGAUCCGUGUGGACGCCGUCUGGUGGGAUCAGACUCUGUCGCCCUACAGGAGCACCUUCACUCAGCGGGACAUGCUGGAGGAUCGCGAGCUUCGCGCUAAGCUGAUGGACCAGGCUCUGCCCACCUCCAUCGCCGGCUACAAAGACCACCCCCUGUACGUGCUGCAGCGACACCUCCUCAAGUACGAGACCAUCCACCCACCCACUGCCGCCAUCCUCGGCUACUGCAGGAAGGAGCCCGUCUACUCCCGGGACUGCGUACACGUGCUCCAUUCCAAAGACACUUGGCUGAAGGAGGCGCGCGUGGUGAGAGAGGGUGAGGUGCCCUGCAAGAUGGUGAAGAGCCAGUCUAACCGGGCGCGCCAGGCACGGGCUGCCAACUGGGAAACCCGCGACCAGGGCGAUCUUGGGCUGUUCGGAUGGUGGCAGACAGAGGUUUAUCAACCCCCCUGCGCCAGGGACGGGAAGGUGCCGCGGAAUGAGUUUGGCAACGUCUACCUGUUCAGAAGCUGCAUGCUGCCACUGGGCUGCCGGCACGUCCGGCUGCCCAACCUCAACCGCGUGGCCCGCAAGCUGGACAUCGACUGUGCCGCUGCCGUGACCGGCUUCGACUUCCACUGCGGCCACUCACACCCAAUAAUGGACGGCUACGUGGUGUGUGAGGAACAUGUGGACAUCCUGAAGACAGCAUGUGAGCAGCAAGAGGCGGAGAUGGCCAAGCGGGAGGAGCAGAAGCGGGAGAAGCGAGUGCUGGGCAACUGGAAGCUGCUGGUGAAGGGACUGCUCAUCAGAGACCGACUGAGAGCUCGAUACGGCAACCAGGAGAGUGGCCGUGUGGACUCUGGGACGGGAGAAGCAGGCUGCUCUGAAGAGGAGGGUCCCAGUGAACCGACGCCAGUCACGGACGCCGCCUCUUCCUGGCCCCUCAACCGACAGGGUGGGGAGAGGAGGGAGGGCCGCAAGCUGAAACGAGGCGAGGAGAAGCACCUCUUCCCAUUUGAGAAGCUGUGAGCCGGAGAGGAGGGGAGACACCCCGAUCUAUUCAAGGCCACUGCCUGGCGACGUCCCAGAAAUUCCCAGCAUCGGAAUGCCUCUUCCCGCUGGAGCGUGCGGCUGAGGUCACCGUAGUCACACCGGGCCUCUGGCCACCUUCCCUGCCUGUGGGGAUCCCAGGGCAGGGGCUGCGCAUGGUGGAUGGAUCUGUGCGUUGCCCUCCCUGAGGGGCAUUGGGGCGGACCCUCAGCCCAGCAUUCCCACCUUGCUGGGAGAGGGGCACCACCUCUCCUGCAAGGAUCCCCACCCAUCACUCUCUCACACCCCAGGCUGCUUGACUUACCAGCUCACUGCAAAAAUCAGCAGUUGGUUCAAAACAUGUUUUUUACUAUUGCAAGAAAAAAAUAAAGUUGAUCCAUAUUAAA